AUGUCUGCUGCCGCACAAUCCAGCGCCGCGUCCACCUCUUCGGUCGGCAAUGCCGACAUCGACUUGGCCGCCACGACCUUCAAGCGCCUCCAUCCUGUCGCCUACCUCUCGCGCUUCCUCGAUUCGUCGGCGCGCGAAGACGGUCGCCCUCUUGCCGCAUUCCGUGAUGCUACGAUCUCGCUUGGAUCCAUCUCGACCGCAGAUGGCUCCUCCUUCGUCCGCAUCGGCAACACCUCUUGCAUCGCCGCUGUAAAGGCAGAGAUCGCAUCACCACAGCUCUCCCGUUCGCGCCAGGGCUACCUCAUCCCCAACGUCGAGCUGCCUGCCGUCUGCUCAUCCAAGUUCAAAGCAGGUGCUCCCGGCCCCGAAGCCCAGGUCCUGACUAGCAGACUGCUGGCCCUGUUGAACAGCUCCAAUGUUCUUGACCGCGACCAGCUGUGCAUCCAAGAGGGACAGGCCGUUUGGUGUCUCUACCUCGACAUCAGCUUCAUCUGCUUUGAUGGCAACGCCCUCGAUGCCGCAGCGCUAGCCACCGUAGCUGCACUCAGCAACACAACACUGCCAAAAGCGACAUACGACCCGGACUCCGAAGUGGUUCGGUGCUCUUCCUCCCCAGCCGACCGCGUCGCUCUGCAGAUGGGCAGCAUCCCCUUCGCCUCGUCCUUUGCCAUCUUCGAGAACAAGCAUCUGCUCAGCGACCCCACCGCCUUCGAGGCCGCCCUCGCCUCCUCCCACAUCACCAUCGCCCUCUCGCUAGACCCGCAGGCCUCCACACAGUCCAACACCGAGCCCAUCGUCACCUACAUCCACCAAUCGGGUCGUCUAGCCACGACCACCUCUGAUCCACCCAGCCAUGCGACCGAUCAGCAGAACCUCCAGACGUGCAUCGACCGCGCCCACGCCCGUGCAACCAUCCUCGCUGCACUUCUCCGCCAGGCCCCCUCUUCAUCCGCAUGA